CCCCUGGCCUUGGCCCUGGUGCACAAGCUGGCCCCGGGCAGGCUGGAGGAGCGCUGGGUCAUCCACGGCGUCCAGGGACUGGGCCUGAUCGCCGCCGUCUUCCUGGCCCUGUUCUGGGAGCGCACGGUGCUGGUGGCAGGGCAGCCCCGCAGCCUGCCCUACCUGGCGCUGGCCCUGACCCUGGCCCUGCUGUGCUGCACAUCCAACGUCACCUUCCUGCCCUUCAUGUACCGGCUGCCGCAGCCCUUCGUGCGCACCUUCUUCAUCGGCCAGGGCCUCAGCGCCCUGUUCCCCUGCGUGCUGGCGCUGGGGCAGGGCGUGGGGCAGCUGGAGUGCCGCAACGGCACCGGCCACAACGCCUCGCAGCCACACUACCUGGAGGAGAGCUUCUCGGCCACCACCUACUUCUGGCUGCUCUUCGCCAUGCUGGCUGUCUCGGCCCUCGCCUUCCUGGGGCUGAGGCCGGCCAUGCCCAAGAGCCCCUCCAAGGACAGCGUGAGCACGGAGGAGUCCUUCCCGCUUCAGGACGGCACCCCCAGCCCAGCCAGCACCCCCGCGGUACCAGCACCCACCACCCUGGCACCCUCCUUUUGGAGCAGGCGCACCAUCUACCUGCUG